CUUCCGGUAGUAUUGUCAUGGCGGCGUCCUGAACGGACUGACCUGAAGAAAAACCAAAACAUUCAGACUUUAGAUCAACAUUCUCUACAGAGCCGCUGCAGCCAUGAUGUUAAAGGACGUGGUGAAGUGGAAUAAACGAGUGUCAGCAGUUUACGCUCUCGGUAUCUGGAGCAUGAUCGGUUCAUACGCGUAUUACAAAUACACAGAUCGUAAUGAGGACAAACCCGAGAAAAGCAAAGAAAGGGUAGAAGAGCAGGAGGAUCCAAACCAAGUUGUGUACGUGACACCUCACACUAAAACUGUCAUCGUCUACAAGGAAGACUUUGUCCCGUACAGCACAAGGAUCUUGAGUUUCAUCAAAUCAUUCAGCGGUGGACCUGGGACUGGAGACAGUGACAAGUAGUUGCAUCAGCACAAAGGACUGAAUCCACUGGAAGUUCAAUCUCGUCAUGAAUCAAACUUUGUGACGCGGAAUGAAUUUAUGCAUUUUUGAGAACAUUAUUAUAAUGUGGGGAGAAGAAGAGUCCAAUGCAGUCUACUCAAGCUGUCAUAAUGUUUGGAUGCCAACUGACUAUCACCCUACAUAACAUGUUAUAUUAUUAAAAUAAUAUAACACUUCCACCUUUUACAGUUGCCACCAUGCUUUAAUAAACUCAUAUUUAAACAUGU